AUGGAAAGUGUUGCCACAAGCAGCUUACAAAUCCCUUUGGAUGUCUUCCUUGCAGAGAGGUUGAAGACUCUACCCGUUAACUCUGAAACCAUUGAUGACCACAUGGUUGUCAAUGGUGAGAUCACAUCUCCGGAGAUCGAAAAGCUCAAUAAUGAGCUAUUUGGACCGGAACCAAAACAAUGGGGUGAUAUUCCCAAUUUUAAUAAUCAAAGAGAACGGUCUCUUGAUAUUCUUAUUGAGGAACAUGUGGAUUAUGGAGAAAACAAUGAGGAUCUCUACAAUGGUUACUAUGAUGACCAUUACGUUGACAGGCAAAGACUAUCCCAUCUAGAAAUGAUAACAACUCAACAGUCGACCGGCUGGAAAAGAAGGAGUUCCCUGUAG